AUGUCCGGUGCCCCUUUCAACUCCCAAGCCGCCGUGCAGCGGCUCAAGGCCCUUGUCGGCCUGGACGACAAAAACGCCCAGGACCUCUCAACCAAGCCGGAGCGGGUGACAGACCUCACGGGGUUCUUCGAAACCCACCAGGUCACCCCUGACAGUCCCCGUGAGCUCAAGUUUAUGCUCUUCAACGUCUGGACGAAGGUACGGCAGCUGCGGCAUCGCGACCUCCUCGCGGGCUACGUUACGGCCGGGAAGUUCACCAUCAUGCAGAAAGUCGACGCCGCGAUCCGGUUCGUGAACGGGGUGAAGGACGCCGAGGGGGAGAUCCACCUUAACGAGCUCGAGCAGGCCUGCGGGGUCGGCGUCGAGAUCGGCGAAGGGGAAGUCGUCGCGGCGGUCCAGAAGGCCCUCGCCGCGGAGGACCGGCGGGCGCUGAAGGCCACCUGGAUGAAAAACCCGAAUAUCUUGCUCGGGAAGAUGCGCCGCGUGGAUGGGCUGCGGUGGGCCGAGGUCGACCACAUCCGGGCCGCGCUCGAGCACCUCAUACCGGAGCUUGUUCGGGAUGUCAACCUCGAGAUCGCAAGGGAGGAGGCCUCGGGAGAGGAAGUCGAGGGGGCCCUUACCGCCGCGAUGUCGCGAAAGGAGGUGAAAACCUGCCCGCGGAGCGACAACUUUCGCGCGGUCGCGAAGAACCUGCCGUCGACCCGCCUUGGCGAGCUCGCCAAAGCGGCGGAGGGGUCGACGGUGUAUUUGAUCGGGUGGGCCCACCGCGUUCGUCAUCAGUCCCGCAUGUCUUUCGUCAUCCUUCGGGACGGGACGGGGUACGUGCAGUGCGUCUUCGACGGUGCCGUCGAGCCUUUUCACCGGGAAUCUUCUCUGGCCAUCCGCGGCGUCAUCCGCAGCGAACCGAAGGCGAAGACCGAGCUGCAGCCCCCGAUUGAGAUCCAUGUCCAGGAGUACGCAAUCAUCGGCAAGUCGGACGGCUCCAUCGAGACCAUCAUCACGGCGGAGAGCUCCGUUGACAAGCUGCUCGACCAGCGCCAUAUCAUCCUUCGUGGGACGAACGGAAGCACCGUGAUGAAGGUCCGCCACGAGCUGCUUCGCAUUUUUCGAGAAUUUUUCUGGUCGAAGGGCUACUAUGAGGUGAACCCACCGACUAUCGUGAUGGCGGCGUGCGAGGGCGGUUCUACCGUUUUUGAUUUGGCCUACUAUGGGGAAAAGGCCUACCUCACGCAGUCUUCGCAGCUUUACCUGGAGACCGUAACCGCCUCGCUCGGCAAUGUCUACUGCUGUAUGCCCAGCUACCGCGCGGAGAAGUCGAAGACGAAGCGCCACCUCAGCGAGUACACCCACCUCGAGGUCGAGUACGACAUCUGCACUUUCGAGGACCUCCUUUCCAACCUGGAGGAGUUGAUCACGCACGUUUUUGACGCCGUCAUUGCCCGCGCCGGCAACCUCAUCGCGCUCCUCAACCCCUCGCAGGUGAUCGACCUUGACGAGGAUCUUUUCGACCCCUCGAAUUACAAAUACCGCCCCAAGCGGCCCUUCCGCCGGCUGCGGUACAGCGAGGCGAUUGAGUUCUGCAAUGCGAACGGCAUCCUAAACCCCGAGACGGGGGCCCCGUUUAAGAUUGGUGAGGACAUCACCGACCAGCCCGAGCGCGCGAUGGUGGCGAAGUUCAACGAAUUUAUUCUUAUGACUCACUUCCCUGCGGAAAUGAAGUCUUUUUACAUGCAGCGCGACCCAGCAGAGCCGGCCUUGACGGAGUCCGUCGACGUCCUCGCGCCCGGGAUCGGCGAGAUCGUCGGGGGGUCCAUGCGUAUGUGGAAUUAUGAGGAACUAAUGUCGGUCUACGAGCGGGAUAAGAUGGACCCCUCGGUCUGCACGUGGUAUAUCGAUCAGCGGCGGUAUGGCAGCGUCCCACAUGGGGGGUUUGGCCUGGGGAUGGAGCGUAUGUUAACGUGGAUGUUGGACUUGGAUAGCGUGAAGGAUGCCUGUCUCUAUCCACGAUAUAUGGGGCGUUGUAAGCCAUAA